GGAUCAAUCAUUUUAUCUGUGCUUUAACAAUUGAUUAACAAAAUGUAUGCGCUCCUCUUUGUGCUUGUUGCAAAUUAUUUCAACUUUUCCGUUACGAAAGCCGGUGGUCCCGAAGUCUGUAUCGAUCAAUUGGGUUGUAUCGAAGGUGUUUAUGCAACAGGCAGUGAGGGUCAAGAAUAUGAAGCCUUUUAUGGCAUACCGUUUGCUAAACCACCGAUCGGUGAAUUGCGAUUUAAGAAUCCCUUACCAGUUGAACCAUGGAACGACAAACGUAUGGCCAUAGAACCACGAACUGAAUGCAUUCAAUAUAACCAAAUUCCACGCAUACCUACGAUUAGUGGUGAAGAGGACUGCCUUUACUUGAAUUUGUACCGUCCCAAAAAAUGGUCCACUGAGAAACUACCCAUUUUAUUCUACAUACACGGCGGAGGCUUUUUUUCGGGCACUCCAAGUCCCGCAGUGCAUGGUCCUGAGUAUUUUAUGGAAACUAAUGAGGUUAUAUUGGUAUUAGCCGCGUAUCGCUUGGGUCAGUUUGGUUUUCUUAGUACCGGUGAUGAGCAUAUGACUGGUAAUUUUGGACUUAAGGACCAGAACAUCGCGCUUAAAUGGGUACAAAAAUAUAUUGCUGACUUCAAUGGUGAUCCUUCGCGUGUUACUAUUUUUGGCCAUAGUGCUGGCAGUUUUUCUGUGCAUUUCCACAUGUUAAGCCCGGCUUCAAAAGGUUUGUUUCGCAAUGCUGUAUUAAUGGCCGGUCAUGCAAAUUGCCCUCUCUUACGACAAAUCGAUCAAAAGUCUCAGGUCAUUCACUUAGCUAAGGGUGUUGGAAUUACAAAUGCUAACGAAAUGUCCUCAAAUGAACUAGCUGACGCUCUACGCAAUGUGCCAGCAACAGACCUGUUAAAGGCAGGUGUUGAUCUCAAAGUAUGGAGUGUGUACCCUUUUGGUACUUUUCGUACCACCAUUGAACAAGAAUCAUGGCCGGAACCUUUCAUAACGGAAGAUAUGUUCAAAUUAAUCGGAAGUCCAAAAAUGCCGAAAACUGUGCCAUGGAUUGGUGGUUAUACCUCGUCAAUUGGUGAAGGCACGGUCUUGGCGCUAAGAUUAUCUACGGAUGCGGAUUUACAAGCUCACUUCAAUAAGAACUUUAAUGAUUUAUUCAAAUUAGUGAUGGAACUGAAUGGCACAGCAUAUCUGGAAAGAGUUGAUGAAGUAAUAGAGCGAUUAGUUGUGGAAUAUAUGGGUGGUGUUCGCGAGUUGAAUAAAGACACAAUUGAUGGCUUUCUCGAGCUUUUAGGUGAUUACUUUUUUACUUAUCCGCUAUACAAAACUAUUGCCAGCAAUGUUUAUUCUGAUGGUCGCGCAAAUAGCCUUACGGGAAUAAUUAAAUUUGGUUAUCGUGGGCCAAAUACAUUUACUGAGAUUUUUACGGGCAGCUCGAGAAACGUGGGCGCUGUACAUGUUGAUGAUUUGCUAUAUCUAUAUCGCAUGCCGUUCUUAGUGCCAAAUGGAUAUGAAAAAUCAACGCCUGAGAGGGAGUUGGUUAAGAAAUACGUGGAACUACAUGUUGAGUAUGCUAAAACGGGCAUUGUCGAAGCCUUUAAUAAAAUGAGCCCUUGUUCGAAGGAUAAGUUUGACCGACCCGACGGAGCAGCCAUUUGCGAUUAUUUGUCGAUUGUCAAUGAUACGGAAUUAUUUCAGGUUGAAAAUAAGUGGAAUGUGAAACGCAUGAAACUGUGGGAGUACUUAGAUAAAACUCUCUUUGAUAUUGUAUGCUUAGACGGUUCAUCCUGUGUGCUCGGCAGAUAUAUGAGUGGCAAUGAGAGCGAUUCAUUUGAGGCCUUCUUGGGCAUACCAUACGCCAAACCACCCAUCGGUGAUUUGAGAUUCAGUAAUCCUCAAGAAGUGGAACUAUGGAAUGGCACCUUAUCAGCACUAUAUCCUAUGCCUGAUUGUAUACAACGUAAUUAUCUCUUCGUAACAGAUCCUAUUAGCGGUUCAGAGGAUUGCCUUCUGCAAUGUUUAAUAAACAAUACCGGUAGAGAAUUGCCAGUAAUGUUUUACAUACACGGUGGUGGAUUUUUCGCCGGCUCACCAAGUCCUAGCGAGGAAGGACCGCAAUAUUUUAUGGAAACGAGUGAUGUAAUUCUAGUAGUGACCGCCUAUCGCUUGGGUCCAUUUGGUUUCCUAUCUACUAACGAUGAACAGAUGACGGGAAAUUAUGGACUUAAAGAUCAGAAAUUAGCACUACAAUGGGUUCAAAAGUACAUUUCGGCUUUUGGCGGUGAUCCCGACCGUGUGACUAUUUUCGGCCAUAGUGCUGGCGGUGCAUCAGUCCAUUUACACUUAAUGAAUAACAAUAAAGAGGGUCUAUUCAGUAAAGCUAUUAUGAUGAGUGGCGUCGGGAACUCACCAUUCUCUUUGCCAUUAAACGACCCUAGAGGCCAAGUCGUUGAAUUGGCUAAAGCUGCUGGUGUAACAGAAGCUGAGAGUCUAAGUUCCGCUGAGUUAGUUCAAGCGUUGCGAUCAAUCAAACCGGAAGACUUGCUACUAGCCGCCGAUGAUCUUAAAAUUUGGGCUGAGCAACCACUUGUAAUAUUCCGCCCGAAUGUUGAAAAUGACACCUGGCCUGGUGCAUUCUUAACAAAAGAUCCAUUGGACCCAUUCAUAACGUUUGGAACGAACACUGAUAUACCUUGGUUCAUUGGUAAUGCACCUGCCAAGGGUGAGGGCACGGUUAUAGCCCUUCGAUUAGCGAGCAAUAAGAAUCUACAGGUCGAAUUAAAUGAAAACUUUAGCCAGAGGCUAAGCAUUACAUUGAGCUUGUCUGGUACAUGUGACACAGAAGCUGUGAUAGAUGCAUUGGUAACGGAGUAUAUGGAUGGUAAACACGAAUUGAAUAAUGAUACGUUAAAUGGCUUUUUGGAGCUUUUGGGAUACCGCUAUUUCAUACACCCAACUUACAGACUUUUAAAAUAUAAUGUAAAUUCUAGUCGCAGUGAUUUUAGAGGAAUACUACGUUUUGACUAUCGCGGGCCCUAUUCAUAUUCGACAAUAUUUGCAAAUAGCUCACAAGAUUUCGGUACUGUACACUACGAUGAUAGGCUGUUUCUAUUUAAUGGGCUAAGCGGAUUAUCUCAAGGUUAUUCACAGCAGUCUCCUGAGGCAGCGUUGGUUAAACGCUAUGUGAGGCUAUAUCAGUCUUUUGCCGAAAAUGGUUACUCAGAUGAAUUUGCUGUCAGCGGAGAAUGUAAUGAUUUAAAUUUUCCGAAUUGUGAAAAUUUGUUGAUCGUAAAAGAUGAGGAGCCGUUCCAAACUGACGAGUCUUGGAAUAGUGAACGAAUGGCAUUGUGGGACCAAAUAUAUGAUUCUUGCUAAAUUGCAUACACAUACUUAUGCAAUAAAGCAGAAAUUAAAGUCAUUCUUAUAUUUGACUGUGUUAAA